UCGGAGCCGACAAAUUUUUAUUACAUCCUGAAACCUCACUUAACAAUACUGGUAGCAAGGAAUACCGAUAUGUAGUAUCCGAUUCGCCAAUAUUCUUUGUGUUGUCUACCAAUCACAGGGCAGUGUUCAAACUUCCACCAAUCAACUGAUCGGUAGUCAUUCUUUUCGACCAAUCAUACUUCAAUAAGUACAGCAACGUGUGGUUCAAUCCUUUUCGACAAUCUAAAGCGGCAACUCGAAGGUCACGUUCACAUGCACUUCUUCGGCUUGCGUGACAAUGUCGGCGAUCUUGACGGCCUUCUGGGCGGCGUCGUCCAAGUCGUUGGCGACAAUCAUGCGGAAGCCAGAGUUCUCGAUGAGGGCGCGGGCCUUCUCCACGUUGGUUCCCUGCAGUCGGAUCACAAUGGGCUUCUUCAUGCCGAGGUCCUUCACGGCGGCGAUGAUUCCCGCGGCGAUCACGUCGCAGCGCAUGAUGCCUCCGAAGAUGUUGACCAAGAUGGACUUGACCUGGGUGUCCGCGUUCAGAAUCUCAAACGCCUUCUUCACCUGGGCUUCGGUGGCGCCCCCGCCGACGUCCAAAAAGUUGGCGGGCGACCCGCCGAACAGCUGGAUGAUGUCCAUGGUGGCCAUGGCGAGACCGGCGCCGUUCACGAGGCACCCGAUGUUGCCGUCCAGCCCAAUGUAGUUAAGAUCGUACGCGCUGGCUUCGACUUCGCGCGCGUCUUCCUGGGUCUUGUCGCGCUGGGCAAAGAUCUCGGCUUGGCGGAAGGCGGCGUUGUCGUCGAAGUUGAUCUUGGCGUCGCACGCAAACACUUGGCCGUCGGGGGUUUCGGCCAACGGGUUGAUUUCCACUUGGGUCGCGUCCACGCCGAUGAACAUCUUGUACAAGUUGCCCAAGAGUUCCACGCCGCGGGAGAGGGGGGCGCCUUCCAAGCCCAUGUUGGACGCGAGGCGGGUCAGCUGUUCGUUGGUGGGACCGGUCAUGAUGUCGAUGUUUUCCUUGAAGAUGAGUUCGGGCGUGUUGUGCGCCACGUCUUCGAUCGAGGUCCCGCCGGCGGGGGAACCCACCAACACCGGGCCUUGCGACGCGCGGUCCAUGAGGAUGCUAAAGUACAUUUCGCGACGCAAGUACACACGUUCCAUGAGGAACACCUUGGCCACUUCAAUACCCUUUUCGCCGGUUUGCUUGGUGACGAGGGUUUCACCAAUCAUCUUUUGCGCAAAGUUCUUGGCGUCUUCAGCCUUGGUGCACAUGUGCACACCGCCUUUGAAGCCGUUCUUGAAGUGACCGAGACCGCGACCACCGGUCAACGCUUGCGCCUUGAUCACGACGUCCUUGGACUCGUCGCCUCCCUUGAGCUUGUUGUACACUUGCACGGCUUCCUCGGGGGUGUUGGCCGCUUCGGAGGCAGGGAUCGCGACGCCGUAGGAUUGCAUGAUCUUCAUGGAUUGGUACUCAUGCAAGUUGAGGCGGCGGACUUGCUGUCCCGUUGGGCGGAGCAGCGGCGUGGCCUUGAUGAUCGAGCGCAACAUGAGAUAGGUGGGGGAAACCAAGCAAUCGCGGAAUGAAAUGACGUGAGGUGCUCAACACUGGUCACGAAUCCCGCCAAUCAAAACAAGGCUCGUU